CGAAAUAAUUUCUCGUGGCCUAUAUCGCAUUAACGAUUUACUAUAUAAUAAGUAAACAUAAUUAACGUGUCUUUGUUUCGUCUGCUUAUUUAUAAUUGAUCCGCCGUUUUCGAGGUAGGUAGCAGAGCGUCGCUGGUGCGACAAUAAUUGUUCCAACGACCAAUUUCCUUCGGUUCAUCGUCGAGACGUCAGGAACGACCGCGAAGAUUCGAGGAGUAAUGCGACAAAAUACGGAUGACCGCGAUGUUAUGGUAUGGUGCAAAAGAACAUUAGUUUUUUUUUUUUUCUUCGUUAUUUUAAUUGUACAAUCCGCAAAGAAAACGACUUUUUGCGAUAAGCACAAGACGCAGUGUGUGGUUCACACGGGAAGAACACAAAUUAAAUUGAAUUAACAGUGGACCCGGGCCGAAAGAGCCGUCCAUUGAUGGACCUCGGAGAAAAAUAACAUUAAUUUUUUUGAUAUCCACGUAUCUAUAUAUAUUACAACAAGGUAGGUAGGUACCUAUGUGAUAUUUAGAGCAGUACACUCUGCGGUACUCUGGUUGUAAUGGUUUUUAUGAAAACCAUUAAGUACGCUGAUCCAUCGUUACUCUCUAUUUUUUCUUUUUAGAACUUUUUAGGCUACUUACUAACCUCAUAAGCCGUAACUAAUAGAGGACGUAAGGGAUUCUAAACACGCACAAUAUUCUUUUCGUCUCUUAUUUUUCCUCGAAACCUUGGUAAAAACAACAUACCCGCAUACAAAAUACGCAAAACCAAUCGGUUAAAUAUACCCAGAAUCCGUGUAGCUCGUGCCCACCAAAUAAGUACCAACCUACAGUAGAACAUUAGUGCCUAUAUUCAACUCUAAAAAUAUAACGUCGAUUGUAGAUAUAAAUAAAAUAUAACAAAUAUUGAUUAGAUAUAAUAAUUCUGUAUAUUUUCUACAUCGCCUAAUACCGAUGCGUUCAAAGUUCUAAAAAUACCAUUAAAUUCGGCAUCUCACUUGGUUUGUUAAAAAUUAUUAUUAUUAAUUUACAUUAGGUACCUAUUGGGUGUAAGUACCUAUACAAUUCCCAAAAGACGUUUAGAUUUCAUUUAAAGUCUAUGAAAAAAAAAAAAAUUGUACGAUUUAUAAUUAUUUCAUCUAUGAUGAAAUAAUUCAAUUGAUAAUUUUUUUUUUUCUUUCACAGAGACCACCACGCAUAAAAAAUACCUAGGUAAUAGCAUAGACUAGUUUAUAGGUACUUUAUAUGGGUAAUAGUGACACGUGUGAUCUGUACAAAUGUCAAAUAUUAUUAUAAUAAUACGAUGGGCAUACGUGUACCUAUGUGCCAGUACAGUCGAUUUCCGGUAAAUCUUGUAAAAAGUUUUGUUCCGUUUAUGACAAAAAGAACGGGUACGGUUUUUAACGAUACUAGACGCGUCUAUUAUCGACGUGAUAAUAUCGUUAUUUUACACGUUUUGUCGACACGAUAACACCUCGUGCGGGCGACUGGAUGGAUAAUAGAUAAUUCUUCUGCUAUCUAGGACGUCAUUAUGUGACACGGUUAUAGAUACACGAUGUCCAUCCACGACCGUGCUCUAUGCGGUGACUGUAAAGCUUAUCAAACAAAAAUACGUUUAUCACAGUCCGCGCGCGGAUAACGAAAUAUCGCGUCGGGUACGCGAUGGGCGCAACAAGUAACAACACCGUCAAUAAUAAUGUUUUGAAAUAAUAACACUAUUAUUAGUCAUACGCGACACGACGACGAUAUUUUAUUAUUACGUGCAACGUACAUACCAAAAAUCGGACACGAUGGCAUCCGUCAUCGCAGUAGUAAUAAUUAUUCAGCACGCGUAUCAAUGACGGACAUCCUUUUGAAUUUUAUCGAAUACGUUCGAAUGAUACAACUGUUGUGUCCGCCGGAGGCCGCGGACGCGCCACGUACGAACUACGAAUUCGUUUUAUCUGCAUAAAAAAUUCACAUUGCACGUUUAAUUCUGUCACGAUGAUCAUUUACAGGAAAUCGGUAGGUGUCGCGUGAGAUAUUAUUGAUUUCGAGCGAUCAAUCGUUUAGAGCGAGCAGUUCGUACGUUCGUCAGUCUCCAACAUCAAGGGUUUCUAUUUCGACAUGACAUCGAAUGACAGAGUGUUGGUUUUGGGAGGUACAGUUAUACCAUUGUAACUGUUUUCUGUUACCAUCCAUUGAAUUUCUAAACGAUUUCAGGCUGUGGUUUUAUCGGUCGCCAUAUCGUCAAGUACUUGGUCGAUAACGGUUUAGCUUCUGUCAUUAGAGUGGUCGACAAAGUACCUCCUCAAAUAGCUUGGCUCAACAAUGAUCAUAAGGCAACUUUUGAAUCCUCUUUGGUUGAAUUUCACAGUGCCAAUUUGAUUAAUCAAAGUAAACACCAUUACAUCAGUAUUACAAAUUAGCAGGUAGUAAGUUCUUAUUGAAGAAAACAUUUUAUUUUUAGAUUCAUGUGAAAAAGCUUUUGAAGGUUCCUUUGAUUAUGUCAUUAAUUGUGCUGGGGAAACUCGUGUUAAUUUACCAGAUGCUAUUUAUGAAGAAGGUAUCUUUAAACUCAGUAUGAACUGUGCCCGCAAUGCUGCAAAGUCUGGUGUGAGACGUUAUGUUGAAGUAUCAUCAGGCGAGAUGACCAAUACCAGCAAAGGACUAGUCAAAGAAGACGAUAAAGUAAUACCCAUCACAUCAGUCGCUAAAUAUAAAUAUGAAGUAGAAAAAGAAUUGAAAAAUAUUCCAAAUUUAAAUUAUACUAUUGUCAGGCCAGCCAUUGUAUACGGCAUUGGUGAUAAAACUGGGCUCAGUAUGUCGAUUGUGUAGGGUAUUGAAUAUUAUUAUUAUUUAACUACAUUUAUAUUGUAGCUCGAAAACUCAUAAUUGGUUCUUUGUAUCGAAAUUUGGAAGAGCCUCUGCUAAUACUGUGGAAAGGAAGUACACCUUGUAAUACGAUUCAUGUUGAAGAUGUUUGCAGAGCUAUUUGGCAUUUAUCCAAUUUGCCUGAAGCUACGGGAGGAACAUAUAACUUGGUGGAUAGUGGUCAAACUACGCAGGAUAUGGUUGCUAAAAUUGUGUCUUUAUUGUUUGGAAUAAAGCAUGAGUUUCUGGGUACAGUCUUUUCAUCUUUAUGUAAAGUAUGUAUAUUAUUGUUAUUGUUAUUUCAAUAACCUCAAAUUAAUAUUAAAAUUUAUUAUUCAAGAACGAUUUAAAUAAAAUUGUGUGUGAAGCAAAUGAUAAACACUCUAUACCGUGGGCUGAAGCGUGUUCAACAUCUGACGUCCAAAAUACUCCUCUGUCUCCAUUCAUUGAAAAAGAUCAUAUAAUUGGUAGCAGUAUCCAAAUGAAUGGAAGUAAACUAAUCAAUGGUUCUAAUUUUGUACUAAAUUAUCCAACUAUCACAGCUGAUCUUCUAAAACAGGUUAUCUUUUAAGCAUUUAAUAUUUGAAAAGAAAUAAUUGUUAAGUAACUGUUGUAUCAAUUAUUUACAGAUUGUUGAUGAUUUUAUCAAAAUGAAUUUAUUCCCUAAGACAUUGCUUGACUCGACACUUUAGUUACCAUUUUUUUUUUUUUUUUUUUUAAAUUUAUUCUAAACUUAAUUUUAAUAUUUUCUGUGAUACACCAUUAUUAUUAUAUAAUAUUAUUUAUUUAUAUUGAUAUCCAAAUUUAUGAAAUAAUUACCUUAUGUUCAUUAAGUGAAUUUGUUAAAAUUAUAUAAUUAUUGAAUAACUUAUAACUAUUAAUUAUAUGGGUUUUCAAUAGUAUCUAUACAACUGUGCUGUGUUAAGUGGACCAAAGAUUAAAAAAUAUAUAUUAUAUUAUAAAAUACAUCUUUUUUAUAUGUUAAAUUAUUUAAUUUGUUGAUUAGAUUAGGCAAGGAAUUAUGUGAUAGUGUUGAUUGUGGAGUGUAAGGACAAUAAAAUGUGGAAUUAAGAAUCCAUAAUAGGAUUUGUCGAGUAAUAACUGAGUAUAAUAAAAGAAAGGCUUUAAAGAAUAAAUAAUAUAAUAUAUAUAAAAUUGAAAUUCUGUAAGUUAUAUAAAUCUAAUUUUAUUCAGAUUUUCAUGAAACAAUACACACUCGAUGCAAACAAAAGGAAGGUCUCCUGUCUACUUUUACACUUACUGAAAUUUCAUUCACCUUUAAAUCACACUUAAUAUUAAAAAAUUGAAUUUUGCCUCAAUCAAAUUAAAUUAGGAAAUUUAAAAAAAAAUUAUUUUUUAAUUUGUUGGUAGAAAGGAAAUAACCUUAAAAUAUAAAUUAACAAGUAACAAUUUACUAUGAUAAAAAAUUAAAAACAAGGAUAUUUAUUUUAUAAAUUGUAUAUUAUACAUUACUAGUGUCAUGAAGUUCUUUAGUCUAUGAAACAUUAUCUGUUAAAUUAUAAAAUAACUUCAUAAAAUACAAGCCCAAAAGAAUCUGGAGCUGCUAACUAAGAAUAGGUAUUAAGCAUCCCUAUACUUCAACUUCUUUUUAAACAAAAUGUUAAUGUCACACAUCUACAACCAGUCAUCACCUAGUUUUGUCAUAAAACCAGUUUCAAUACAGAUCUGUUUGUUUUCGUAUCUGGUAGAUAUUCACUAUGUUCAUUGUAUACUCAUUCCCUUUACAUUGAGUUUUUUGUUUUGCUGAACCACCACUCAUUGACAUCAGAUUUUCUUUUAAGAUUACUUUUUCCCCCCCAUUGACAUAUUUCUAAAAUUAUAGUGUUAUAAGUAAAGAGUGGCUUUUUGUGUACCUAACUUAAAAAAAAACAUGUAAUUAAAAUGCUGAAAUGUGCAAAAACAAAUUUUUCAAUAUAGGUAAAUCAAACUUUAUUUGUAUUGUUAUUUACUAUUUAUAUUAUUUGUUAGUAGGUAUUUAAAAUACAUCAACAAUAUCUUCUCGAUAUAUUUAUUAUUUUUUAUUGUAUAUUUUACCUAAUUGACAUUCUAUAACUUCCAAGCCCCAAUUAUAAGUUUUAAUUUGAUUAAAUUGAUAUCAAUUACCAGGAACAGAAUGGGACUUGAAAAAUACACCAAUUUAUGGUCAAAUAAAAAUAAACAAACAGAAUGCAAAUGAUACUUAAUAAUUAUCCAUUUUCUUUUCAAAUUUUGUUAGCUGUGAACAUUGAUGUGAAAAAUAUUGAUGGAACUAACAAGUAUUUUGGUUUCCUAUCUCUUAUAUUUUAUUUAAAAAAAACAUUAAGUUAUCCAAAAAAAAAUCUUACUGAACUUAGUAUGUUAUAACUACAAAACAAUGGAUAAAUAAUUUUCCGUAAAAAAAUAAAAAAAUAAGACUAAUGGAACAUCAUAAAAUAAAACACCAUUUUAUUAUUAAUAUACAAUGUUGCCAUACAAAAAAGCACUUAAUAAUAAUGGGUUUAUCGUUUUCUGUGGAGUUGCAAGGUAUUCUUACGCUUCCAACACGCCUUCCUCGAUCCACCAAUAGUUUGUGAAUAACCAUGACCUUUUCCUAGACCACGGGACUUGCGGCCAGCAGAUGUCUUUCCACGCAAUUCUCUGUGCUUGUGCACGGCAUUACAUAUCCAAUUGAUCUUGGGAUCUCUACGGAUUGCCUAAUAAUACAAAAUUAAUCAAUAAUUAAAGUAACUAUAAUAUAUUGUUGCACUGCAUUUAGAUACAAUUAAAUAAACUUAAAUUUAACAUGAACUUACUGGGUGAGCUGUAUCAACAGUGAUGACUUCGUAGAAUUUAAAAGUAGAGUCCUGUCCUACCCAGUAAGAGUUAAGGACACGGAGUCCACCACAACGACGGCCAACUCUUUCCUA